UUUUCUUCUCUACAAACAAAUUGGUGCAUUUUUGUAGCUACAUCUACUUUAUAUUUUUUGCUUUUUUUCUUUCUUAUUAAUUCAUUUUUUACGUAAAUACUAUUUUCGUUCCAGCUUAAAUUGUAAAGUAAAUUGUGAAUAAUUUUUGCGGACAAAAAUUUGCGGAUUUUAGAAUUUUUGAAAAAAGAAAGGGAGAGAUUUAUUACAAUCAAGAGUUACUGCAAAAUGAAGUAUCCAACAGUGAAAACUUCAAAAAAUAAUCAGAUUUUUGUCUGCUUUUUUGUUAAUAUUAUUUCUUUUUUUAUAAUGUUCACAAAAUUUUUUUUUAUUUUUGAGUUGCGCAAUAAAAACGGGUGUUUCCGUCUAAAUAUAAUCUUUUUAUAUUUCUUCUUUCUCCCACACAUUGAGUGGAUUAAAAAAAAGAAUUUAAGUAAAUAAAUGUUUAUAAAAAGUCUAAACAAAUUGAGGUCACAAAAAUAGAAAAAAAAACUUUAAAGUUUUGAGGUAAAUAAAUAAAAGUUUUGGGGUAUAUAAAAUGUGUUGGCCUUGGAAAAGUUUUAAGCAAAAAUAAAAAUAUAAUCUACUAAAAAGAAAAAUAAAUUCUCCUUCAUUUUAAACUAAAUUUUUCUUCCCUAAAAUUUUAUUAAAUUUUUAUAAACUAAAUAAAAUGCUUUCAUACAAAGGAUUGUAAGUUUUUAAUUUUGAACAGCUAGCUAAAUUAGGAAGGGUUUUAAUAAAAUGUGUAUGCCUUUUUUAAAUCUUGCCUAGAAGCAUCCAUUUUAAUUUAAUAAUAAGCUAAAUUAUAUUCAAAAAACAAUUUUAAAAUAAUUUUUUCCUCCCUCAAAAGCUCAUCUUUUCACUUCAUUUUCCUCUCAUUAUUGAUAUUAUUGCAAAACUCUACUGUAUUUUCUCAAGUUGCUUGUGAUUAUGGAGCAAUGGGUGGUGGUUAUGGCCAAAUGGGUGGUUAUGUUAUGGAAAUGCUGGAUAUGGGGGUGGAUACGGAGGUGGUUAUGGUGCAACCGGUUAUGGAAGUUAUGGAGGGACAGGAGGUUACGGCGCAGGAGGUUAUGGCCAAACUGGUAUGAGCGGUUAUAGCGGUUAUGCCGCCUCUCCAUAUAGUAAUACUGGAUAUGGUAGCG